CAAUCUAGCGAAUGCCCACGCGUUAAACAGGCGCGUGAAUAAAGAAGCAAAAACCACUCGGAUUAAUCCGAUUCAUAGUGAGGCGUUUCAUUAUUGAGUCAACCCAGCGAUCGAUUCUCUUUCCUCCAACUCGCUUUUCAAACCCUAAUUUUUUACCGAGUUACCCUGACUCGUUCGAUUCAAAUCGUUACUCGCCGAUUCUUCAUCUUUUUUCCCCAAUUUCGCCCAAAUUUUCUGUUCAAUGCCUAAUACAUCGUAAUCGGAGCAUCAAUUUUGCAAAACCAGCAUGGAGUAAAUGUUGAACUUCUGGAAUAGUAAGUUUUAUGCUUGGUCUUCAAAAUGAUGGGAGAGAUGGCCCCACUCCGUCCAGCUGGAUAUGUUGACCCUGGCUGGGAGCAUGGGACUGCACAAGAUGAGAAGAAGAAGAAGGUCAAGUGCAAUUAUUGUGGGAAAGUUGUUAGUGGAGGUAUAUAUAGAUUAAAACAACACUUGGCUCGAAUCUCAGGAGAAGUAACAUACUGUGAGAGGGCUCCGGAAGAUGUAUACUUGAGAAUGAGAGAAAAUUUGGAAGGCUGCCGCUCCAAUAAAAAGCCAAAGUUAUCUGAAAAUGAUGAACAGGCAUAUUUGAAUUUUCAGUCUCCUGAUGACGAUGAUGAUGCAAUGGAGAAUAUUGAUUAUAGAAGAAAAGGGAAAAAAGUAAUGAAUGAUAAAAGUUUAGUUUUAAAUUUGACUCCUCUUCGCUCAUUGGGAUAUGUUGACCCUGGUUGGGAGCAUGGUAUUGCUCAAGAUGAGAGGAAGAAAAAGGUGAAGUGCAAUUACUGUGGCAAAAUAGUCAGUGGAGGCAUCAAUAGAUUUAAACAACACUUGGCCAGAAUUCCAGGCGAAGUUGCGCCUUGUAAAAAUGCUCCAGAUGAAGUUUUUAUGAAGAUUAAGGAGAAUAUGAAAUGGCAUCGCACAGGGAGAAAGCAUAGAAGGCCAGAUGCCAAGGAAACACCAUCUUUUUUUGUGCAUUCUGAUGAUGAACCUGAAGAGGAUGAACCAGAAGAAGAUGUUUUGCAGCACUUGAACAAGGAUAGAGUAGUUAUGGGGGGAAAGAGACUGGGAAAAGAUUUUAGAAGGGGUUUCAGUGGAAUGUCAACUGGAAGUUGCUCCGAGAUGUUCUUGAAAAAGCAUGGGCAAAAUCCUACCAUCUUGAAAACUUCAAUGAAUCAUAUGCCACUGACUUACAAACAAAGUUGCGGACCAAACAAAAGGAACCGUAAGGAAGUAGUGUCUGCCAUUUGUGAAUUCUUCUAUUAUGCUGGGAUCCCAAUUCAAGCAGCCAACUCCCUAUCUUUUCAGAAAAUGCUGGAGCUUGUUGGUCAUCACGGACCAGGUCUAAUAGGCCCUUCAAGCCAGCUGAUAUCUGGUCGUUUUCUCCAUGAUGAAUUGUCGACAGUCAAAAGCUAUCUAGCUGAGUAUAGGACAUGUUGGGCAGUAACUGGUUGUUCCAUUAUGGCAGAUAGUUGGAAAAAUUCACAGGGUAGGACUCUAAUCAAUUUUUUAGUCUCCUGUCCUCGUGGUGUCUACUUUGUUUCGUUAGUUGAUGCUACUGAUGUAGUAGACGAUCCCUUAAGUUUGUUCAAGUUACUUGACAAAGUGGUGGAUGAGAUUGGUGAGGAAAAUGUUGUUCAGGUAGUUACUCAGAAUACCCCGAGUUAUAAGACUGCUGGAAAGAUGCUUGAAGACAAAAGAAAAAAUUUAUUUUGGACCCCAUGUGCUGCCUAUUGUAUAGAUAGAAUUCUUGCAGAUUUCACAAAGAUAAAGCUGGUUGGUGAGUGCAUUGAGAAAGCUCAAAAAGUUACAAAGUUCAUCUACAACCGGAUAUGGCUGCUAAAUCUUAUGAAGAAGGAGUAUACAGGGGGGCAAGACAUUUUAAGACCUGCUAUUACAAGAUAUGCUGCAAACUUUAUUAGUUUACAAGGUGUAUUUGACCAUAGGAUUAGUCUUAAAGAUAUGUUCCAAUCAAGCAAAUGGCUUUUGUGUCGCUUUUCAAGAUCAGAUGAUGGCAAGGAUGUGGCAAAAAUUGUUUUAAAUGCUUCCUUCUGGAAGAAAAUGCAGUAUGUCCUGAAAUCAGUAGACCCUAUUCUGCACGCACUCCAUAAAGUUGACAUCAACAGUAAUCUGUCUAUGCCAUAUGUAUAUAGUGACAUAGUAAGGGCAAAACUUGCAAUUAAAAGCAUUCAUGGUGAUGAUGCACGCAAGUAUGGUCCCUUCUGGAAUGUGAUUGACAGUCACUUAAGUUCUUUGUUCCAUCAUCCAUUAUGCGUUGCUGCAUACUCUUUAAAUCCAGCCUAUAGAUAUCGACCAGAUUACCAGGCGAAUCCAGAGGUGGUUCGUGGACUAAAUGAAUGCAUUGUUCGCCUUGAACCAGACAGGGGGAGACAGGUUUCUGCGUCCAUGCAGAUCUCUGACUUUAUAUCUGCUAAAGCUGAUUUUGGGACUGAAUUGGCAAUCAGUACAAGAACUGAGCUUGAUCCAGCUGUAUGGUGGCAGCAACAUGGUGUGAAUUGUUUGGAAUUGCAGCGAUUAGCUGUACGCAUACUAAGUCAAACCUGCUCUUCUUUUGGAUGCGAACACAAUUGGAGUAUAUAUGAUGAGAUUCAUUGUGAAAGGCAGAACCGUCUAGCGCACAAGAAAUUGAAUGAUUUUGUGUAUGCUCACUAUAAUUUGAGACUGAGGGAGCGCCAAAUAAAGCAGUCGAAUGAAUUAUUAUCACUUGACAGUGCUCUUCUAGAAGGUUUACUUGAUGACUGGGUUGUAGAGGCAGGCAGACAAGCCAUUCAAGAUGAUGAGGUAUCAACUACAUCUGCAAUCUAUAGUCAGGGGGUAUAUGACCAUGAAGAUGGAUACAGCUAUGAUAUACUCGAAUAUGACGAUGGUGCCUCAGAUGUUAUGAGGAGGGGAACUCUAGAUAUGGUGACACUAGCAGAUGUAGAGCCCUUGGGAGUACAUCCUAACGCAGGUCCAGCCACAGAUGAUGAUGCUGAACUUGAUUUCCUUGAUGAUGACUUAACUGAUUAAUUAACAGACCUCUGUCGACAUGACUAAAAUAUUAAGCUCCUCUUCUGGCACCACAAAUUGUUGCCAGGACUUACAUUUUCUCUGGUCUCGAUUGUAUAUAGUUGGAUGCAUCUACCUUGAAGUUUAUCAAAGAGAUGUCUCAGGUUUACCAAUGCCGCCUGUUAGUAAAGAGGAAUUGUUUAGCCCCAUUUCAUCUGUUAGCACCUGAUGUAAAUUACCAUUCCAAAAUUUCUGACCGCUUCUCAAAGAAUUUGUUCCCUUGUCUCUAUCAGGGAGUCAAGUUCUCGUCUGGAACUUCGAAUCAAGAAUUUUUUUUCAGUUGAGGUCCAAUGUUCCUUGCUCAAGUUUCAAAGACUCUCAAGUCUUAACCGGCAGUCCAGCAGGCGGACAUAAACAUCACAAUUAGAACUCAGGAAAAAGAUUGUUUCCUAUAUUAUAUUGCUGGACUUUUUGGUAUCUGCAUCAUCUUGAUUCAUUUUGCUUAACAGGUGAUUUUUUUUUCAAUUAUUGAUGUGUAUCGAUCUUUAGUCACAUGAAUGAGAAGGUUGUAUAUAUCUUGUGCAAUGUAAUCUUUAUCAAAUUUGCAUUAUGAGGUUCCCAAUUCCAAAUCAAAACAACCAAUUCUUUGUUCAA